GGCGGCCUUGUUGGUUGCUAGGAGACAAGAAAACUCUGCACCAACGGGAUCCCCGACGGUUAAUGCAGCCAUGCCUAAGAAAGGUAAGAAGAAGUCCGGCAAACUGAGCCGCAUGAGUGAAGAGGAGCGGUUGCUUUACAUGCAGCAGAAGUUGCUGGCAGAGGAGGAGCAGAGCAAGAAGAAGGAAGACAUGUUGAUGCAGUUUCUAAAGGACAAGCUUGCUAAAGAAGAGCAGAGCAGCAUUAUUAACCUAAAUAAGUUAAAUGCACAGUGGCGCAAUGUACUGCGGGAAGUCAAAACCAAGGAACUACGCAAGGAUAUUGAGAUACUAAGUCAGACAUUUGAAAGAGUUGUUGACUGCAAGGAUAAUGUCAUCAAGUCUUUAGCGAAAGACAUAGACGAAGCAGAGGAGCAGUAUGCUCACGCCUUCCGUAGCCACCUACAGAAUAUUGAUGAGCUUCUGGAGUUACAAAGGGAGCGCAUUGCCCUCCUGGAGGACGAGUACCAGCAAGAACUGGAUGCGGUGCAGAAAGAAUUUGAGACCGAGAGAAACAUGAUCAUUCAACAGAAGGAGACAGAGACUACAUACCUACAAAACGUUGUGCUGGCCAUGGAACAGAACACCUUAGACACUGAAAACGAAGCUAAACUGGAAUUCCAGAACACGAGAGAUGAAAUAAAAAACAAGAGUCUGGAGGAAAAGCAUGCCCUCCGUGUUUUGCUGGAAGGAACAGUGGAGGAUUUGUGGAAACAGUUUCAGUUGGCCUUGAAAAACUACACAGAUGCAACAGAGGAUCGCAAGAUUGCAUUUGAAGCCCUGAAGGCCAAGGACGAGAAAAGUGCUCAAGAGAUUGAAAUGCAAAUGAAAAAGCUGCAGAACAUUCAGGAUACUAUAACAUCGUUGAAGAACAAAAUGACAGUCCACGCUCGGGAAAAUGAUGAGCAAGACCGACAUCUGCGGGAGCAAAAAGAAGUGCUAGUGAAGCAGCUGCAGAAGUUGAAAAGCCAGAUGAAGCAAGCCAGAGCUGCGGAACACGGACGUCUUACCACUCUGACCGUGCAGAGCAAUGCCACGCUGAAGGAGCUGCAGAGAGUUAUUGAAAAGGGUGAAUGCAUUCUCAGACUAGCCGAAAUGUGCCGCAAAUUGGAAACUGAGGAGGAAAAAGUCCUACCGUUCUAUCCCUCUUCUCUUAGUGCAGAGGAGAAGGAGCAAGUUGAGAAAGCUACCAUGGAGAAGCCUUCAGAGCAGCUGGCACUGCUAAUGCAAGACUAUACUGCACUGGACCAGUUUUGGAAACGCUACAAUAAGGUCCUCCUAGAACGUUGGGCAUUGGAACGUGAAAAAUCUAUAAUGAUGCAUGAUAACCAGAAACUGCGCAUCCUUCUGAAACAAUACCUGGAUGGCAUCUCUGUCAGCGAUGAGGUCUUAAGUCAGCAGAAUCCAUUACUUAUCCUCAACAACCGUAUUAGCCUGCAGCCGAAGCUUCGUCCACAGGUUCCUGUCACUGAUACAAGAGUCAGGCGGCCAGUCCAUAAUAUCAUAGAAGCUGCUCACGUGGUCAGCCAUACUUUGUGAAUUGCCAUUACCUUGUGUUGAUGUAACAUCUCUGUGCCUCCUUCUCUCCUAUUGACAAAAGUUUCUUAUUUAGGACGUUUGAUGUUUUUGAAUACUGUUUGCUAUAAGGUUCCAGUAAACCUAAAUUAAUGCUUUUAUGAUGGAAACCAUGGUAACAGAGGGAUGGCUGCUUGAAAAUAAAGAUCCGUAGACCUUAA